AAUGGAUGUUAGAAAGCAGUUUAUAUUUAUGCAAAGAAAAUUUCACCAAAUAACUCAAGAAAAUUUACAAUUAAAAGCUCGUAUUGCUGACCUGGAACGUAUAAUAGAUCCUAAGGUUUUGGAUGCCUUCGACAGACAGAAAAUGAAAGAUGCUAUUGGAACAACGUCAAAAGAAGAACCAUCUGUAGGAAGGAAAUUGGAAGGUUUAUUACUCGAUACCGAAAUACCUUUAGAAGCCGAAAAUAGGCAAGUAGAUGAUUUUGGAAUGGAAGCUUUUACUCCGGAAAGCGACAAUAAAUUUGAAAAAGUAAAGCUAACAUCUACUGAAAGUAGCGUUUUGUCGUUUGAAACUGAAGAAGAUAGUACUGUAAAGAUUGUUGUUGCCCUAAUUAUUAGCUAUGGUAUUCUUAUGAUGUCAAUAUUGUGUUAUGCAUUUGUUUGUAAGUCUAGACUUGAGUUUGCCGGUAGAGGUCAUGAUCAUCACACGGAAAAUCCGUAUUAUGAAUUUCCCAGAUACGAAUGGUUGACAGACUACUUUAUAAAUAAAUUAUAUCCGAAAGACGGAAAUACCGAAGAUGAAAACGGUACAGGGGUAAAAAAGAAAUCACUGUUUGGUAAGGCACUUAGUAAGGUUAAGUUAAAAGGACAAGGAAAACGGCCAGAGGUAACUAUCCUAAACCCAAUAGACGAAGAAGAAGAAGUUGUUUAUGCAAAGAGAGAAAAUAAAACAUCCGAAAAAUCACCCAUAGAUAUCAAAAUUUUAAAAAAUAACAGAGAAAAUGAAUAG